AUGUCUUUCGCCUCGAAAUAUGUUCUUCUGGCUCUGCUCGUGAAUGCGGUGAUCCCUGUUCUGGGAGAAGGUUUAAGGACGUCGGCCCUUACCAAGAGUGAUGAAGUCCUACCUGUGCUCUCCGACAACGAUGAGGAUGUCCUGUGGAAGGCGCUUGUUGACCGGGUGCGUACCGAGUUGACCUCUCCAGCAUUCAAUCACACUGACAUCCCAGUAGGCUUGGUUACUGCGGCUGAGAACGCUGAUGAUCCUUUAUGGACAGUGAUACAGUAUGAAAUGAAGGAUACGUUCGGUCCUCAGGGUGUCGAUGUCCGAUCGGUUCUUUCCAUGAUUGCUGAGGAUGAUUCGCUAUCUGUGUUGAAGUAUCUCUCAGCUUAUCUGGUCAGUGAUACCCCGCCCUCGCAGGACAACGUCGACUACUCGCAACCAGGACUCGCGACCUCGCAGUACAAGAUCCCGAAGUGA